GGGCUCUUAUAUCAGGAAUAUCGAGAUAAGUCGACACGCCAGGAGAUUGAAACCAGACGACUACAGGAUUCACAGACAGACCCUGAGGAGAGUUCACCCAGUGAGGAAACCCCAUCUGAAGCAGAACCUACAAGUACAACUGAAAACAAAGCUCCACCACAGAUCAGUUUGCUGAGGAACUCCAACUCCAGGUUCAACUUAUGGCAGGAUCUUCCUGAGAUCCAGAGCAGUGGGGUCCUCAGCAUCCUCCAGCCAGAUGAGAUCAAGCUGCAGGAGGCCAUGUUUGAACUGGUUACCUCCGAAGCCUCGUAUUACAAGAGUCUGAAUCUGCUGGUGUCUCACUUCAUGGAGAACGAACGUCUGAAAAAGAUCUUACACCAGGCUGAGGCACAUAUCCUCUUCUCCAAUGUCCUGGAUGUCAUGGCUGUUAGCGAGCGCUUCCUGCUGGACCUUGAGCAACGGGUGGAGGAGAAUAUUGUGAUCUCAGAUGUAUGCGAUAUUGUCUACCAGCAUACGAUUAAUCACUUCUCUGUGUACAUCACCUACGUCUCCAACCAGACCUACCAGGAGAGAGCUUACAAGCAGCUUCUCCAGGAGAAGCCAGCUUUCCGGGAAGUGAUCUCACAGCUGGAACUGGAUCCCAAGUGCAAAGGCCUGUCCUUUUCUUCCUUCCUAAUUCUGCCGUUUCAAAGGAUCACUCGGCUCAAACUGCUGGUGCAGAAUAUUUUGAAGAAAGUGGAAGAGAAGUCUGACAGGGAAACCACUGCCCUGGACGCACAUAAAGAACUGGAAACAGUGGUGAAAGCAUGUAAUGAAGGUGUCAGGAAGAUGAGCCGAACAGAGCAGAUGAUCAGCAUCCAGAAGAAAUUGGAAUUCAAGAUCAAGUCUGUGCCCAUCAUCUCUCACUCUCGCUGGCUACUGAAGCAAGGGGAACUGCAGCAAAUGAAUGGUCCGAAGACAUCACGAACACUUCGCACCAAGAAACUUUUCAGAGAAAUCUACUUGUUCCUUUUCAAUGAUCUGCUGGUAAUUUGCCGGCAAAUUCCUGGGGACAAGUACCAAGUGUUUGACUCUGCUCCCCGGGGGCUUCUUCGGGUAGAGGAGUUAGAAGACCAGGGGCAGAGUUUGGCCAACGUCUUUAUCUUGAGACUGCUGGAGAACGCAGAUGACCGGGAGGCCAGCUACAUGCUGAAGGCAUCGUCCCAGAGUGAAAUGAAGCGCUGGAUGAUUUCGCUGGCCCCGAACCGGAGAACCAAAUUCGUUUCAUUUACAUCCAGACUUGUUGACUGCCCGCAGAUCCAGUGUGUCCACCCGUACGUGGCCCAGCAGCCAGACGAGCUGUCCUUAGAGCUAGCUGAUGUCCUCAACAUCCUGGACAAGACAGACGACGGCUGGAUAUUUGGGGAGCGUCUUCACGACCAGGAGAGGGGCUGGUUCCCCAGUUCUAUGGGGGAGGAGAUCCUGAACCCCAAAAUCCGAGCCCAGAACUUGAAGGAGUGUUUCCGGGUGCACAAGUCGGAUGACAGUCAGCGGAGGAAACUGGGCAGCAGAAACCGCCAAUGACCACUGGUGUCCCCAAGCAUCUGGAGUGCUUCUGGGAGAGGGGCAGAGGACAGAGGCUGCCAGCUGGGAGGAUGUGGCAGUGGUGCUGUAGGCCAUGGUGCAGGACCUGGUGUGCCAGACCGGGCACACGCACCCCUGAACAAACAGAAUGUAGUUCCUGGGCUCCCUGCCACGCUUCCCGUGGCACUGAUCCUUCCCCGGAGAUCAGUGCUUCGAACUGGCUAAAAUAACCCCUUUCCAGGUGUUCUGUAAAGCCCCAAAGAGCACGAGCCAAAUGGACACAGCCCGAAGGCCGCUGGGUGCCGGCCAGCUGACCCCCG